AUGGCUGCCCGGGGCUCCUCCCUCUCGGAGGCCCUCACCAGCGGCUUCCUCACCUGCCCCAUCUGCCUGGAGCACCUUCGGCAGCCCAAAAUCCUCCCCUGCCUCCACACCUUCUGUGGCGACUGCCUGCUGCCGCUGGCUGCCGGAGGGCAGGAAGAGCUGCGGUGCCCAGAGUGCCGGGAGCGGGUCCCCCUCCCAGCUGGCGUCGAGGGCCUCAAGACCAACUUCUUCAUCAACGGCCUCCUGGACCUCGUCCGCCCCACGGGAGGGAGGGCAGGUGCCCUCUGCAGCCUGUGCCCGCUGCUCAGCCAGGAGACCAGCCAGCCUGCUGUGUCGCGAUGCCUGGACUGUGCCGAUGACCUGUGCCAGGCUUGUGCCAACGGGCACCGCUGCUCCCGCCUCACCCACAGCCACUGUGUCGUUGACCUGGAGGGCUACCUGUCUGGAGAGCAUGACGAGGAGGUCCGGAGGCGGCAGGCCUCCCGCUGCCAGGAGCACCGCGGGGAAGUCUUGCGUUUCUUCUGCACCCCGUGUGCCACUCCCCUCUGCGGGGAGUGCCGCCUGGGCCCCCAUCUGGAGCACCCCUGCCUGUCCCUGCCGGAGGCCGCCGAGGCCCGCUGCCCCAUCAUCGUGGGCCUCCUGGCGGGGGUGGAGGAGAAGGUGGGCCUCCUCGCCCAGGCCCGGGGCCGGCUGGAGGAGCAGCUGGAGUAUCUGAAGGCGCACGAGGACAGCGUCCGAGGCGCGGUGGAGCACACGUUCUGCCAGGCGGUGCAGCAGCUGCUUGCCCUGCAGGAGGAGGUGCUGGCCCAGCUCUCGGGCUCCAUGGAGGAGAGGCAGAAGGCCGCCCAAGUGCUCCACUCGGAGCUGGCCUUCCAGGAGCAGGUGGCCUCCAGCACGGUGGCUUUUGCCCAGCAGGUGCUGAGCCUGGGCCAGGCAGCGGAGAUUGUCUCCUUGGAGCAGAUGAUCUCGGAGCGGCUGAGGCAGCUGCAGAGUUUCUCGUGGGAACCCCUCGCCCUCAGGCUGCCGCACCUCGCAGACCACCCCGACCUCCAGAGCACCCUCCGCGGCUUGUUCCACCUGGAGUUCCGGGAGGAGAAGGCCCUGGGGCAGGUCCCCGAGGGUACAGAGGGGGGGCCCACGAAAGCAGCCCAGAAGAAGAAGAGGAAGCAGCAGCAGCCGCCCCCCCUUGCCCGUGAUGAAGCGGAGAAGGCACCCGGCCAAAAGAAGCCCAGCUGCCCCAGGGAGCCCCCCUGCCUCAGCCUGCCUUCCACGCAGCCAGAAGUCCCCCAGCUCACCCCCAAGGCUCUCUUCUCGAGCAGCUUCUGGGUAAAGGUGCCCAGCGACAAGAAACGCCCGCAGGUGACUGGCCUGUGUCCCUUGGGCUCUGCUGAGCUCCUCGUGGCCGACACACAGAAUGGGAAGCUGAAGAGGUUCUCGCUGCAGGGGGACUUCAAAGGCUUCAUCCCUGUGCCGAGUGACGUGGCCCCCUUCAGCGUGGCUGCUGUGGGUGGCAAAGUGGCCUUCACUGCUGGCUCUCGCCUCUUCCUCUUGAGCGGCCAGGGGGGCCUCAUGUGGCAGAAGGCACUUAAGCAGGGCCAAGCCAGCCACGCCGUGACCUCAGUGGGGGACAAUCGCGUGGCGGUGAGCGUGGCGGGGUACCUGGAGGUGUAUGACUUGGACGGGCGGCUGGUGGAGAAGGUGGCCCCCGGGGGCAGGGGGGAGCGGAGCCUGGUCUUCCUGGCUGCCCACAAGGGGGGCUUCGUGGCCUCCGACUGGUACCGCCAUAGCCUGGUGGUCUUUAGCAGCCAGGGGCAGUUGGUGGCGGAGUGCCGAGAGGACGAGCUGGAGGGGUGCCAGCCGGGGGCCGUCUGUGCCGAUGCCACGGGGAUCCUUUACGUGGUGCUGUGGGAGCAGAACAGGGUCGUGGCUUUCUCGGGGGCUGGAGAGCCACUCGGCCCCUUCCUGACCGCUGAGAACAGCAUCGACCAGCCCCGGGUGGCCACCCUGACCAGGGAGGGACGCUUUGCAGUGGCUCUGAGUAACGGAACCAUCCAUGUCUUCAAGAUCAGAUAUGAAAGGAAGUGA